AUGCAAAUAAAAGGCAAAGCCGCAACCGGGUGGCCGCUGCUUUUUCUCACCCUCCCCCAGACGGCCAACGGGAACGUGGAGGCAAAGGUGGUCUGUCUCUUCCGGCGGAGGGACAUCUCCAGCACCCUCAACAGCCUGGCGGACAGUAAUGCCAGGGAGUUUGAGGAGGAAUCGAAGCAGCCAGGGGUGUCGGAGCAGCAGCGCCACCAACUGAAGCACCGGGAGCUCUUCCUUUCUCGGCAGUUUGAAUCUUUACCGGCCACACACAUCCGAGGCAAAUGCAGUGUCACUCUGCUGAAUGAGACAGACAUCCUGAGCCAGUACCUGGAAAAGGAGGACUGCUUCUUUUACUCCCUGGUGUUUGACCCUGUGCAGAAGACACUUCUGGCUGAUCAGGGGGAGAUUAGAGUUGGUUGCAAAUACCAAGCUGAGAUCCCCGACCGCCUAGCGGAUGGGGAGUCUGACAACCGGAACCAACAGAAGAUGGAGCUGAAAGUAUGGGACCCAGACAACCCUCUCACGGAUCGGCAGAUAGACCAGUUUCUCGUGGUGGCCCGAGCUGUGGGGACCUUUGCCAGAGCCCUGGACUGCAGCAGCUCCAUUCGGCAGCCCAGCUUGCACAUGAGCGCCGCUGCCGCUUCCCGGGACAUCACCCUGUUCCACGCGAUGGAUACGUUACAGAGGAACGGCUAUGACCUGGCAAAGGCCAUGUCGACCCUGGUGCCCCAGGGGGGCCCCGUGCUGUGCCGGGAUGAGAUGGAGGAAUGGUCGGCCUCGGAGGCCAUGCUGUUUGAGGAGGCCCUGGAGAAGUAUGGGAAGGACUUCAAUGACAUUCGCCAGGACUUUCUACCCUGGAAGUCACUUGCCAGCAUAGUCCAGUUUUAUUACAUGUGGAAAACCACAGACCGGUAUAUUCAGCAGAAAAGAUUAAAAGCUGCUGAAGCAGACAGCAAACUGAAGCAGGUCUACAUCCCCACCUACACAAAGCCAAACCCUAACCAGAUCAUCUCCGUGGGCUCCAAACCAGGCAUGAAUGGGGCUGGAUUCCAAAAGGGCCUGACCUGCGAGAGCUGCCACACCACACAGUCAGCCCAGUGGUAUGCCUGGGGCCCCCCCAACAUGCAGUGCCGCCUCUGCGCUUCCUGUUGGAUAUACUGGAAGAAGUAUGGGGGGCUGAAGACCCCAACCCAGCUUGAGGGGGCCGCUCGGGGCACCACGGAGCCACACUCCAGGAGCCAUUUGUCCAGGCCUGAAGCCCAAAGUCUCUCCCCGUACACCACCAGCGCCAACAGGGCCAAGCUGCUGGCCAAGAACCGGCAGACGUUCCUGUUGCAGACCACCAAGCUGACCCGGCUUGCCAGGCGCAUGUGCAGGGACCUGUUGCAGCCCCGAAGGGCUGCCCGGCGGCCUUAUGCUCCCAUCAACGCCAACGCCAUCAAGGCUGAGUGCUCCAUCCGGCUUCCCAAGGCAGCUAAGACGCCGUUGAAGAUUCACCCUCUAGUGCGGCUGCCCCUGGCCACUAUCGUCAAGGAGCUGGUGGCCCAAGCACCUUUGAAACCAAGGACACCUCGGGGCACCAAGACUCCUAUCAACAGAAACCAGUUGACCCAGAACAGAGGCCUGGGCGGCAUCCUGGUGAAACGGGCCUAUGAGACAAUGGCAGGGGUAGGGGUCCCCUUCUCUGCUAAUGGAAGGCCUCUGGCCUCGGGGAUCCGCUCAAGCUCACAGCCAGCAGCCAAGCGGCAGAAACUAAACCCAGCCGAUGCCCCCAACCCUGUGGUGUUUGUGGCCACAAAAGAUACCAGGGCCCUGCGGAAGGCUCUGACCCACCUGGAAAUGCGACGAGCUGCCCGCCGACCUAAUUUGCCCCUGAAGGUGAAGCCACCACUGAUGGCAGUGCGGCCCGCAGUGACCAUGCCCACACCCUCACACCCUGCCAGCACCAAUGAGCCCAUUGUCCUGGAGGACUGACCAUCUGUGGGCCAGGGAGAGGGCCGAGCAAGGGAGAGAGGGUAGGUGCCCUGGGCACCCUCCUUCUAGUGUCAGGAGUGAGGUGGGAGGUGUGGGGCAGAGAGUGAAUGUGUGGCCCUGGAGGGGUGGGCGCCCUCUGGUGGCACCAUGGCUGGGCUUGUCCCCUCCCCACUCCUCUUGGCCGGCUGAUGGAGGACCGACUGCAGGAACCUGGCCUGUGUGGGGAACCGGGCCUGUUUUGCGGGGUAGGACCCACAGUUUGACUUGGACAGUUUUGGGGGGAGGGUUUUUUAAUUUUUUAAAAAUUUUGCCUCCCUUUGCAAAAGGGGGAAGGGAAAGAGACGAGUAAGCAGAUGUCAGGGGGUGAUUUAGACCUGAUUGGGGGAAGGGGUAUGCACUGCCAUGUCUUAUCAUUUUGUUUGUUUUCCUAAUUGGGGGGUUUCUCGUCCUGUCCGGUGUCCGGACUGUCCCAAUUGGAGCUUGAGGCCCCUAAGCUGGCAUCAGCCGAGCCCGUGCUCGCUCUUUCCUUACCCCCUCCUCUGCCUUUUGUACGCCGACUCUCAGAAAUAAAGAUCUUUUGUCCGUUUUUUAAAUCUCGGAUUCUGUAAUUGGUUCUUAUAGUAACAAAUAAAAAGCUGUUUCCUCA